AUGAGCGCUCCGGAUUUACCGCCUGAAGUUUGGUCAAAAAUUCUUCUACUUGCGAAACCGACUUACAAACAGCUGAUGCAAUUAUCGACUGUUUCACAGAAGUUUCGUCGUUUGAUCGUGAACAAAUGGUUUCUCAAGAAGUGUUUCGCUAAAUAUCCGAUGCUCACUAAAGAUCUUCUGUUACACAUCGAUUUUACUAACGUUAUUGAAACUGAUCAGAAUCCCUUAAUAAAUUCCAUUGGUGACGUGUGUGGUUAUCAUGACUCUGUUGUGGAACAUAAAAACGGCAUAACGAUUGAAACAGAUGAACUAUUUAAUCGUAUUUUAACGUUUCAAACCACCAAGCCAAUUUGGUUAAUAAAUGCGUUCAACUUUCAGAAAUUCUCACUCAAAACAUUCUCUAUAUCAUUAUGGUUUUUUUAUUCUACAGAUGGGAUAAUUGUUUUUCAUUUUCAAAAAGCAUACUGUUGGUGGUGCAUUCAAAUAACCAUGAACAUUGAAAGGCAAAUGAAAAUUAGAGUAAUCUUGCCUAGUAAGAUAUGGGAUAUCGAUGGUGGCCAACGAGAUGAACACGUUUGGCAUCACGUGGCCAUUACUCAUGGCGAAACUUCACUUCACAUUUAUAUAGACGGUCAGUUAAUCAAAAAAAUCGAACUACAAUAUUGGGAACCCAUACGUGUUCAUAAUCUUCGAAUAGGGAGUCAUUUUUCCAGUGGCAGUGGCUUAGCAGAUAUCGCUGUGUGGGGAAGAAGAUUGUUGCCAGAAAUCAAGUCGAUUUAUCAACAGAAAACAUCGAUUAAGCAGGCGGACCUAAUACAAGGAUUGUUAAAUGGAUUGUCUAUAGCAGCUAUUCAUUGGAAUGGAAAUUGGGCAUUCGCUUGUGAUUUUUAUAAAAACGAUUUAACCGAUGCACGAAUUCCUGGUGAGCAGUGCGGUGGAAGAUGUGCUGCAACAUCUGGUUGUACUCAUUUUACAUGGACAACUUAUAAUGGUGGAACUUGUUGGAUGAAACAUGGUCAUGCUAGAAAAGAAAAUGCAUUUUCAACUGGUGAUCGAAGCAUGGUUUGUGGUGUUGUGGAACAAAGAUCAACAGAUAGAGCAAUGUAUGGUGUUCAUACAACACGGCAUGGUGCGACUGAACAUGGAGCGUGUGCACUUCCAGCAUCAGAUUAUGCCGUUGUCAACCCAGUUGCACUUGGAAAUAUUGAAUCAUUGAAAAAUCUCAAAUUUCGACCGGAAUUAUGUGGUCAUGUGCUGAAUGUUGACUGUGGCCAUGGAUCAUUAGAUAUUAUCGUCACGAAUUCAAAUUUAGGAGGUGGCCUUGAUUUGUAUGGUUCAACUUGGGAUAAACUGACAAAUCAUAAACCGCCUGGGAUAACUUCAUGCAAAGUGAGAUUAACUGAUCGAAAUGCAUUUAACUUUCACGGUCCGCGUUGUUACUUUAAUCCUGGUAGUUCUUUUGACAAUGUUUAUUAG